CUUUAUUCCGUCGAAGGCUUUCUCAGCUCUGGGGACUAGCAUGUCCCAUGCGGCAGAUAUGCUGUCGAAAAGGAGAUUAUUUAAAUCCCAACAUAUUUCCCCGACCUGCUCCUGCAACUCAUCAUUGAUCCCAUUCAUCAAAUCAAUCUAAUAUCCUAACAACCACUACUAUUAACUCCAAUUUCUUCAAUUCUUCCGCUCAGUCCAUCAACCCUAUCUCAAUAUGAAGACCUUCGCCAUCCCCCUCCUAAUCGCCACGGCCUCCAGCCUCGCCGUCGCUUCAUCCCUCUGUCCUUUGAAUAACACCCCUAAGUGCUGCACUGUCGAUCCCUCGGGCCUAUUUCCUUCGGGCUGUGUAGAACCUAGCACAACCCCAACCAGCACUGCCGAGUUGAACUCCGUUUGUAAAGCGCAGCAGAAGGAGGCUCGGUGCUGUGUUAUAUCUGAUACUUUGCUGGAGAAUGUCUGUAAUCCGGUGAUUGAUGCUUAAAC